UGUAUUUUUCUUACAGCUGUCAUACAUGCUCUGCCAGUACCCCUUCUUUGUUUGCCCCGUGGAAUACAGUGAGGCCGAAGAUAGUUUCAAAUAUGAUUGUGACCCGUCGCCUAUCUUCCGACCUCAGGAGUACAGCUUGCCAGAAACAAUGGCCAAUUUUUCAGCACUGCUUGGAUGGAAGAAAACAGUCACACUGUAUCCAUUUGUGCUUCAUUCAGUUGCACUGUCGUUGUUCAGCAGCGUCAUAGGUCCAUUUGGUGGAUUCUUUGCCAGCGGCUUCAAGCGAGCCUUCAAGAUUAAGGACUUCGGCGAUGUGAUCCCAGGACAUGGUGGGAUGAUGGAUCGCUUCGAUUGCCAGUACUUGAUGGCCAGUUUCGUCAAUGUGUACAUCAUGACAUUUAUCUCUGAGACAUCUCCUCAGAAGCUAUUACAAAAGGUUUAUUUCCUGAAGCCUGAACAGCAGCUACAAUUAUACAAGCUUCUUCAGGACUCCCUAAUUGCGCGAGGAAUUCUGCAGCCUUGAGCCUCGUCUUCACGCAAGUAUUGUACUGCCAUCGGUGUGGUGACUACGAUGGAAGGGAUCUUGUGGGGAAGGGAGAAAAAAGAAGGAACAAAAAAACAACAACAUAAAAGCCUUUCGCAGCAUGUGAUGCAGAAGGCAGACUUGAGAGAUUUUUUGAGAGGGGAAAGUAAACUGGCUUGUAGAUGCAAAUUGAACAGGAAAACAAAAUUGCAUUUUCAUAUAUGAUGAACCACUCAGACACAUGCAAAAAAACACACGCACACACAUGUAUAUGUAUAUUGAUAUAUUUAGAUAUAUAAAUAUAUAAUAUAGAUAUAUAAACCU